AUGGUGCCCACUCGAUCCUUCCUUUUGGUGCUCCUUGCGGAAGCACUUUGGCUUUGCCGCUCAGAGGACCCGGAGGCCUCUCUGUUGGCCGGGGACGAUGCCUGCACUGACUCCGAAGAGGGUGAGUGCAGCGUCUCUUUGCGUCAGCUUCGUCUAGGCCGGCAACAGGCGGAGGCGGAGGAAGGGUACGACCAAGAAGAGGUCGAGCCUGUCUCCAUCGUCCUGCCCUGCACAGAGCAGUCCGAGUUUGCCGCCGACUACGUCAAGGAGCAUGUCCAAGACAUAGAAGCGGAGGGCGCAGACAGAGGUUGCUGGCAGGCGAAUGUUUACUACAGGGAGGCCAACAAUGCGAUCACCAUGCCUGGUACGCACCGGAUGCGCCUACCUUCUCCAGAGAUCUGCCAGGGGGCAUGCGCGAAAACCCCUGGUUGCGGCCAUUUCUCCUUCUGGAGGGAUGGAGGUUGCCUUUUGACCAGUUCCGGUGCUCAUGCCAUCCCCCAUGGCGGCGUGGUCUCUGGCCCAGGAAGUUGCACUGAUGCAGCAGGUGCCGGCGCCAGUGCUGGUCCAACUUACACUUACACCGCCCCAAGUGUGAUGACGGUGAAAGCACGUGGCGGCUUAGAGCCCCCUAAGGAGGUACAGCAGUACAACGGCGUCGCCUGGCCAACCAUGAAGAUCGCGGAUCAGAAGAAAGAGUACCAUAUGUUUGCCAUCGGCGACUGGGGAAGCUUGGUUGGAACUCACCCAGGUCAAAUGGUCCAGUACAAGGGCGGUCAAACCAAUGGUCCUCACACAAUGGCUCGCUGGCGAGGAGGGUGCAACACUGACACGAUGAGGUCUUGCUUUGCUGGCGAAUCUUGCCCCAAAUCCUGCAACUACGUGCCCGAUGCGGACUAUCGGGCGCAGGUAAAUGUGGCAACCACCAUGAAAAAGUUCGCCAAAGAACGUAAGCCAGACCUCUACAUCAACGUAGGAGACAACUUCUACUGGGGAGGUGUGAACACAGCUUGCGGAACGCCGAUGAACAAGAUCCAUCCGGUGACAGCACACCAGUUCACGGAGAUCUUCGAGAAAGUCUACACCGGCGAUGGCGUGGAUGGAAAGCCAUGGCUCAGUGUACUCGGCAACCACGACUACGGCGGCUUCCAGUUCAACAAGGCGUGGGACCAGCAGAUCGCCUAUACCUGGGCCAGCGAUCGAUGGGUGAUGCCAGGCCAGUAUUUCAUGCAGCGGGUGGAGUAUCCGGAGUUUUCCGUGGAGAUCUUCAUGCUGGACACCAAUGCUAUGGAUUCCCAUCCUAAGAGCGCAGAUCCAAAUCACAACAUUUGCGGAGCUGCCAAGAAUCCGCCGGGUGCCAACUGCGCAGCAACGGGCGGGCCCAAGGACCUGGAUGAUUGCUUCAAGUUCAUGUGGGACACCUGGAGAAGCCAGUCGAAGUGGACAGAGAAGAAGCUCAAAGAGUCUACAGCUGACUGGCAGAUCAUCGCUACACACUUCCAGUGUGGGCACCAGGCGCAGUGGUACAAGAAGCUACAUCAGGAGCUCGGCUUAGAUCUUCUAGUGACAGGCCACACACAUGUGCAGAACAUCUUCGACAAGUGGUCCGUCCUAGGUGGGUUAACCUGCUUCAUUACGGGCGGUGGCGGUGGCAUCACAUCGGAAGUCUCGCCCGAAAAUGAGCGCUCAACGGCCUAUGGGUUCUUUGACCUUAUCUUCACGAAGGAUGAGAUUAAGCUUGAGUCCAUCAACUUCCGAGGGAACAAGGUCGGCAGCGCCACCGUGACGCCCGUCGCUAGGAAUGUGACGGAUGCGUAG